AUGGCGACCGCGUUUUCACGUGUCACUUUACUUUAUUGCCAGUUCAAUGCAAUUUCCAAACUCUGGAGGAAAACGUACAGCCGUAGGAAUAAGACGGAAAAUAUUUUUGUAGAACGGCAGGAUGUGCCCGAGACGUGGUCGACGAGCCUUACGGACGGCGACACUGCGGCGCACAGUUUCGAGGUCACGGGCUUCUCGCUGCUCGACGGCAUGGGCGCCGGGAACUUCAUCUCGUCGAGCACGUUCUGCGUUGGCAGCUGCGAGUGGGACAUCACGUUCUACCCGGACGGGUCGAAGGAGGACGGAGGCGCCCACGCCUCCGCUUAUCUGCGUCUAUGCAAUGGAGAACUAGGGUUGCAGACCAACUACACUCUGAGUCUAUUGGGGAAGGAUGGUGAAGUGUUUGAGCAAUGGAGCCUAGAACAUACCUUCCAGUCCGCAGGUAUUUUUUGGGGCUUCGACGACUUUGUCCAGAAGUCAAAGCUGCGACGGCUCCUAUCUGGCAACGACGACUGUGUAACGAUCAGAUGUGUUUUGACAGUUAUGAGGAAGCAUGGCGCCUUGGCCAUCCCGACCCCGCCGUCCAAUAUGCACGAGGAUUUUGCAAGGAUGUUGAAGGGCCAGGAAGGCGCGAACGUAACGUUCAUUGUGGGUGACAAGUCGUUCCGUGCUCAUCGACACGUUCUGGCGGCACGAUCACCGGCCUUCAAGGCAGAGCAUUUGGACCCGACGAAGGAGGACCCUACAAAACCCGUCAAGGUUGAUGACAUGGACCCCGUCAUCUUCGAGGCCCUUCUAUAUUUCAUGUACACGGAUACGCUCCCACAUGGUAAUGAUCUUGAGAAAAACGCGACCCUGCAAUAUUUGUUGGUUGUCGGAGAUCGAUAUGGUCUGGACAGGCUAGUGACGACGUGUGAAGGGAAGCUAUGCCAAAACAUAAACGAGCAAACGGUGGCAACCGCCCUAACUUUUGCAGAGCAGUAUGACCGUGUGCUACUCAAAAACGCUUGCAUCGCGUUUGUGUCGUCGCAGGAUGUGCUCGACGCCGUGAAGAAAACCGAUGGAUUCAAGCACCUCAUGACAAGCUAUCCAGGGGUGAUGAUGGAUAUUUUGAAACAGAAUCUGCCGUCGUCAAUAGGGGUACGUGUAUAG